AUGUCGUUUCAGUCCACUCCUGCGGUGCCUUCGAGCACCCCUGCGAGGCCCACUGAGGUGUCUGUGGCUGGGUCUUCAAGCACUUCUAACCCCACCCCGGGAGCCCCUCCUGACGAAGUGGUACCCGCGUUAGACCGCCCACGUCCCACUGCAGCGAGGGCGAAACAGGAGAGUAGGGACAGCAUCCUGGAACAGAUCGUCGACCAGAACACCCAGUUCAGGUCCCUGCUCGAGGGCGCCGUGGCACCCAGUGGCGACCCCAGCCUCCUCUACUGGCGCGGGGUUCUGCAGGAGGUGGCCAGGGACUGUGCCGAGGUGAGGAGUGACCUCCGCAGCGGCCUUCUGUCGGAGAUUGGUGCCCUGGUCAACAGGUGGAGGGUGUUCUCUAAAAAAGUGGACACCGAACCUCCCCCAUCCUUCUACGUUGAGAUGAAGGCCACCCUCGAGAUCCCGACCAUCCAACCUCAGCCACAGCAACCUACACGGCCCGUUCUCCCCAUCCAGGGCCCUCACAUUCCCCUUAUUGCAGAGCCGGGGGCAUCUCAGCAGCCGCUGCAGUACCUGCAGGUCAGACCCCAGCUUGGCUCCACGCCCCUCAACCCCAACUUGUCUCUCAGCAACAGCAUCCUCCUGGACAGCUUCCCGCUCUCCUUUGAGCCGGGAACCCCAGCACCAAGCAACAGAGACCUCAACACCCAAAAGUAA